CGCAACACCGGGGAUCUGCACGACCAACYUCUAUUCUUCACUUCUGCCACUUUCUUGUUUAGCAAAUCAAAAAUGAGAUCUAUGUUCUCGAUUUAUAUCGCGGUGGCGACUACGGUAGUGGUGGCCCUGGUGGCAGCAACUAUAGUACAGAAAAUCCCUUCUGCCGGGGCCUUUGGUGUACCGCUGCCGUCCUCGUCAUCAGCAUCAUUAUUGUCAAUAUCAAGUAAAAGUCGUCUCUUGGCAAAGCCAAAGAAGGUGAAGGAAAGGAGGAAGAAAGCCGCAAACAGCAACAAGAAUUUCGACGCUGCCGUGGCAUCGCCGAUACCUGCCAACCUGAAGCGGAAGGUGGAUGCAAAGAGACCCCCACUGGGGCACAUCGUUCCCGAAGACACGAGAACGAAGGGAUGUGAGUUCUUGUUGCUGGAUCRUACGAUAGUGUAGAUCGUCACACAACUUUUUGUGGAACGAGGUCGAUGCUAAUUUCUUUUUCUGCACACUGCCACGCCAUUUGUUCUUGUACAACGCGACACAACACAACACAACACGACACAACACAAUACAAACCAGCCGGUGGAUCGGCGAACCCGAAACUCCGGCCGCAGGGCAAGGCGCGUGAGGCGGGCCUGAACAACCCGAGCAACCUCAAGAUCUUUGGCGGAACCGCUCGCGGUCGCCGCCUGGACUCGCCCUCGGUCUACCUAAGGCCGAUGAUGGGAAAGGUCCGGGAAGCCGUCUACUCAACGCUCCUCUCGUUCGGGCUGUACGACUACCCGGUGCGCCACCUGGACUGCUUUGCGGGAUCCGGUUCGGUGGGCCUGGAGUCUCUGAGCCGGGGCGCCAAGCACUGCACCUUUUGCGACCUUGCCGAGGACUGCUGCGCGGCCAUCUCGCGAAACAUCCCCUGGUGCCAGUUCGACGGUCCCGAGUACUCGACGCGGAUCGUGAACGCCGACGUCCUCCGGCUCCUCCGGGAGCCGCUGGCGGUGGGCAUGCCCGAGGGCGAGAAGUUCGACAUCGUGACCAUCUGCCCGCCCUACGAAGAGGUCACCUAUGCCGAUCUGCUGGACGCYACCGCCAAUUCUCCGCUGGUGAAGGAAGACACGAUCGUGCUGAUGGAGUACCCGGUGGAGCUGUGGGGGGAGUUGCCGCACGUGUACAGCGGGGAAAGCGUGACCAUGAUCGGCAUCCGCAACCGAAAAUACGGACGAACCGUAAUCGCCAUGUACAUUUGCAAUCCAACGGGCCGGAUCGAGCUCGCCGAGAGCCGACCGGAAGAAUUUAUCUAAGGUGUUGUGYUACGAGCUUUGRUGCGACGGGUGUGGAAAGUAAAAUAAAAUGUGUUUAAAGUA